UCCUUUCCCCUCUCUCGGUCAGUCAGUCACUUGCUCCUACAACUCACUAGGGAUUCUUUUCACUCACCGUUUUAGCCUUGCCAGCAGUUUUCUUUUGUCUGCUAGUGCAUUUUCUCAGUACUUCUUUGUACUCGUCUACUAUCUCCUACGACCCUUUCUGUUCUCGACUAUCUUGCCGCACCCAUAUCCCCAUUUUGAACGGCACGAACCCUCUCCCCCGCAGUCCACCAUGACGGAACGCAUUCUCAUGAAUGAAUACAAGACCCUGGCCAAAGAGCCAUGGGUGAACAUCGAGCUCAACGAGGAAGACAUUUUCCAGUGGACGAUCGGGCUCAUCGUCCUGAACCCAGAUUCUCUCUACUAUGGGGGCUACUUCAAGGCAUCCAUGAAGUUCCCCAAGAACUACCCAUACUCUCCUCCCGAAUUCCGCUUCCUCCGCCCCCUCUGGCACCCAAACAUCUACGCCGACGGCAAACUCUGCAUUUCCAUUCUCCACGCCCCAGGCGAUGACGAGAUGUCCGGGGAACUCGCCUCAGAAAGAUGGUCCCCCGCCCAGCGCGUCGAAUCCGUCCUCAUCUCAAUCCUAUCCCUUCUAGACGACGCGGAGGUGUCAUCCCCAGCGAACGUCGACGCAGGCGUCAUGCUGCGCAAAGAACCAGAUCAGUACAAGGCGAUCGUGCGGAGCAACGUGGAGGACUCGAAAAAGGACAUCCCGGCGGGAUUCGUCAUGCCCACGCACGAGACGACCUCGACGCCCGUGAAGCCGGUCGAGAAGGAUGAUUCUGAUUUCUGGGCGGAGAGUGACGUGGAUGACGAUGUGUUUGGGGGGAGCGACUCGGAUGAGGAUCUCGAUGUGGAUGACCAGGAUAGCGGUAGUGACUUUGAGGAUGAGGAGGAGCGGCACCGGACGUGACUCUUUUUUCUGUUUUUUUAUAUUGGCUCGGGUGCAGUACU